UAAUAUACUAAAAAUUAAUAGAAGGAGGAUGGUGAAUUUGAAGAUGAAAAAUUUUAAUUUGCUCAAUAAUUAGAAAGAAGCGAGAAAUUAGAUAAAGAAAUUUAAUAGGCCGAGAAUGAAAUUAAAGAAUAUGAGAGAGAGUUAUUGGAAAUAGCUAAUAAACUAUAAAUAAAAUAUGAUCCUAAUUAAGAAAUUACUUUGAUGUAAUUAAUUGAAUAAAGAGCUUACGAAUUAGUUGAUUUAUGUUAAUAUUAUGAUAAUCAUAAUUACAAUAUUGAUUAGAAAAAAAAUGAUCAAGAAAGUACAGUUUCAAAUUAAGAUGAUCAAACUAUGAAAGAUUACUAGUUGGAGUAGAGAAUGAAAAGGAGGCUGAAAAGAUUAUGAGU